AUGUCGCGCUACAAAGACGCCGCGAUCACCGGCCAUGGCACGAACUCUGAGGGUAACAGAUGGGACACCCGUGUCGAUGAAGAUGGCAACACCGGAUAUCAUUACAGCAAUAGGGAUGGUAGCUACUACUAUCAGAACACCGACCAGUCACGGUACUAUAACUCCGGGGAUGGAUACGCACGAUACACCCCCCUCAACCGCGCGAUCACGGAGUACAUGUUGUUUGUGUUGUGGCGUUCCCGUUACUUUACACCUGUCGGAGCCGAGCCCUAUGGACAGUAUCGGGGCUAUGUACGACGCGACGACGACGACGACGACGACGACGACGACGACGACGACGACGACGACGACCACCGCUACUAA